UCCACGGCUCCGCUGUGGCCUUUGUCUGUCCCCGGCCAUCUUAGAACUGUACCCACAUUCGGUAAGCGUUCCGGAGGACCGGAGACCGCCGUGGCCUCUGUCUCCCGUGACAGUCGUUCUUGGGAGGCCCGCAGAGGACGCGGGAUGUCGGCACAGCCCGCCAUGGAGUUGGUGUCGUUUGAGGACAUUGCUGUGUACUUCACCUGGCAGGAGUGGCAGGACCUAGACGUUGCCCAGAAGUUGCUCUACAGGGACGUGAUGCUGGAGAACUACAGCAGCCUGGUGUCCCUGGGCUGCUGCGUGAUCAAACCUGAGUUGAUCCUCAUGUUGGAACGAGAAUUUGGUCCAUGGAGGGUAGCAGAUACCUCAAUCUGGAACUUUCCAGGGUACUGCAUGAGCAGACCAGAGUUGAACAUGAAGCUGCAGCAUGGAUUUGAGCCGUGGCGUGCCUCAGAAGCUCCACUCUGGAGCCUCCCAGAUGUCCAUAAUGUAAGUGGCCUGGGAAGUCAAGAGACACACUUGUGGCAAGUUGAAGUAACCAGUGGCAUUACAUCAUAUGAGCAGAUGGUUGAAGCAGAACUACAGAUUCAAGAGAGAAUUCAUCAAGGGGCAAAAACAUAUGAAUAUAAAGAAGGUAUGGAAACAUUUUAUCCGAAUUCACAGCACACCAGGAAUCAUGCAUCUCAGUCAUAUGAGAACCCCUAUGGAUGGGAGAAAUGUAGAAAAGCUUUCUACUAUCAGUCCACCCUCACUCAACAUCAAAGAUUUCACAUAGGCCAGAAACUCUAUGACUCUCCACAGUGCUGGGAAAUUUUCCCCUGGAGGUCCCAACUAAGUGUACCCGAGACGUUUCAUGCAGGUGAGAGGCGAUACGAGUGUGAAGAGUGCAGGAAGUCUUUCCAUCGGAAGGCAAACCUCAUUCGACACCAGAGAAGAACACAUAGCAGAGAGAAGCCCUAUGGGUGUAUAGAAUGUGGGAAAACCUUCUACUGCAAGUCCGACGUCACUCGACACCAGAGAAGAACUCACAGCAGAGAGAAGCCCUACGAGUGUGGAGAAUGCAGUAAGACUUUCUAUUGCAAGUCAUACCUCAUUCGACAUCAGAGUAGAACUCACAGCAGAGAGAAGCCCUACGAGUGUACAGAAUGCACUAAAACCUUCUACUGCAAGUCAGACCUUACUCGACAUCAAACAACCCAUAGUGGCGAAAGGCCUUUUGAAUGCAAUGAGUGCUCUAAAACGUUCUUCUAUAAAUCGGACCUCACUAAUCACCAGAAAACGCAUACAGACGAGAAUCCCUAUGAAUGUAAAGAGUGUAGGAAGACUUUCUGCUCCAAGUCAAGCCUCAAUCAACAUCAUAGGAUUCAUACCGGCGAGAAGCCUUAUGAAUGUAAUGAAUGCAAGAAAAGUUUCAAUUCCAAGUCAAACCUCACCGAGCAUCAGAAAAGAACCCAUACCAGAGAGAAGCCCUAUGAAUGUAGCGAGUGUUGGAAGUCCUUCUACUGUAGGUCAGAACUGAUUAACCAUCAGAGGACUCACACAGUGGAGAGAUACUACGAAUGUAAAGAGUGUAGGAAAAAUUUCUACUGUAAGUCAAACCUCAAUCAGCAUCAAAGAACUCACACAGGAGAGAAACCGUACGAAUGUAAAGACUGCAACAAAGCUUUUUAUUGUAAGUCAAACCUCAAUCAACAUCAGAGAACUCACACAGGUGAAAAGCCUUUUGCAUGUAAAGACUGCAGUAAAGCUUUCUAUUGUAAGUCAAGCCUCGUUAAACAUCAAAAAAUUCAUUCAGGUGAGAAGCCAUAUGAGUGUGAGGAAUGUAGGAAGACUUUCUUCCAGAAGUCAGACCUUACUCGACAUCAGAGAACACAUACAGGCGAAAAGCCCUACGAGUGUAAAGACUGUAGCAAAAGUUUCUAUUGUAAGUCAAACCUCAACCAACACCGGAAAACUCACACCCAUGAAAAACUUCAUGAAUGUAUACAAUGUAGGGAAACGUUCUAUUCUAAGUCGGAGCUUACUGCGCAUCAAAGAACUCACACAGAUGAGAAACCCUAUGUGAUGUUUAAUAUUGACAAGAUAUGGAGUCAUGUCGGAGACGGGCCUCUAGGCAUGCCUGUGAAAGAUUAUCCAGAUUAAGUUGGCCUCUGGGGAUGUCUGUGACUUAUUGUCUUUAUUUGGUUAAUUGAAGUGGGAAGACCCACCAUAAAUAUGGGUGGUCCCAUUCCCUGGGCUGGGGUCAUGUACUGCAUGAAAAGGCCUGCGCCAUUUUUGUAGACUGGGGCUCUGGACUACAUGAUAAGGAGAAA